UAAGGCUCAUUUUCCUUCUCUGAACUGCAGAUUCCUCCUCUGCAGAUUAGAGAUAAUAGUAGCUCCCUCAAAGAGCUGGUGACAGGAUUCCACGGGGGCUUCUGUGAAGCAGAGACACAUGGCCGGGACGCCUCCUUCCUCUGGGCCCCGUGCCAGCCUUGCAUUGCACAGAGCUGGCCCCAGACGCUGGCAGGAGGGAGGACCUUCAAACCCAGAAAGAGCUUCAAAGUUGCCGAUUCCCACUGGCCAGCUGGACUGAGGCAUCUUCACAACUUGGCAUGGGGACAGAUUGACUUUAUUUGAUGGAAAAUCAGUACCAGGAUGAUGAGGCUGAGAAAUGCCAGUGCUGGUUGUUAUCGGCGUGGUGCCCGUGAUGUGCUGAUAAGGAAGAGAGGAGGGUGUUUCUCUACAGCAGCUCAGAAGCUCUGUCCCCAGGGAGAGCCACCUGUCCCCCCCGUCUGCGCUUCAGGGUGCUCUUUGAUUUCUCCUCGGCAGCGUUCACCUGCCACAUCCAUCGUCAACAGAAGGCCAGGAAUGCGGCCUGUUGGGUGAGCAGGGCCAAGGGUAAGGCAGGCCCAGAAAGCACAGGACAAGCAGAAAAGGAAAUCCAUGACAACCUGCAGGAUGGGAGCCAGCCCUGGACACUGCAGACUAGAGCCCUGGGCCCGACGAGAAGAACCUCCGAGUUUAAAUCCAGAUAAGUAACGUGCUUUGCAACACUGCAGAGAUGGCCUGUCCCUGGAAAUUUCUUUUCAAGGCCAAAUCCAGCAGGUUUGACCUGACUGAGGAAAAGGACAUCAACAACAACCUGGAAAAGUUGCGCCAGGCUUCAUCCAGUCCAGUAACACAGGAUGACCCCAAAUGUCCCAGCUGCAGCAGGCACCAGAAUGAGUGCUCCCAGCCCCUGGCGGAGACAGCAAAGAAGUCUCCAGACUCCUUGGUCAAGCUAGAUGUGCUCCCACCGGCCUGCCCACGGCACGUGAGGAUCAAAAACUGGGGCAGCGGGAUGACUUUCCAAGACACACUUCACCGCGAGGCCAAAGUGGAUCUUGCUUGCAAGUCCACGUCUUGCCUAGGAGCCAUCAUGAACCCAAAAAGUUUGACCGUAGGACCCAGGGACAAGCCUACCCCACCAGACGAGCUUCUACCUCAAGCUAUUGAAUUUGUCAACCUGUAUUACAGCUCCUUCAAAGAGUAAGGGCAAAAAAUAGAGGAACAUCUGGCCAGGGUGGAAGCGGUGACAAAGGAGAUAGAAACAACAGGAACCUACCAGCUGACGGGAGAUGAGCUCAUCUUUGCCACCAAGCAGGCCUGGCGCAACGCCCCGCGCUGCAUCGGGAGGAUCCAGUGGUCCAACCUGCAGGUCUUCGACGCCCGGAGCUGUUCCACGGCCCAGGAAAUGUUCGAGCACAUCUGCAGGCACCUGCGUUAUGCCACCAACAAUGGCAACAUCAGGUCGGCCAUCACCGUGUUCCCCCAGCGGAGCGAUGGGAAGCACGACUUCCGGGUCUGGAACGCUCAGCUCAUCCGGUAUGCCGGCUACCAGAUGCCUGAUGGCACCAUCAGAGGGGACCCAGCCAGCGUGGAGUUCACGCAGCUGUGUAUCGACCUGGGCUGGAAACCCAAGUACGGCCGCUUCGACGUGGUGCCUCUGGUCCUGCAGGCUGAUGGCCGCGACCCUGAGCUCUUUGAAAUCCCUCCUGACCUCGUGCUGGAGGUGCCCAUGGAACACCCCAAAUACGAGUGGUUCCAGGAGCUGGAGCUGAAGUGGUACGCCCUGCCAGCCGUGGCCAACAUGCUGCUCGAGGUGGGCGGCCUUGAGUUCCCAGGGUGCCCCUUCAAUGGCUGGUACAUGGGCACGGAGAUCGGGGUCCGGGACUUCUGCGACAUCCAGCGCUACAACAUCCUGGAGGAAGUGGGCAGAAGGAUGGGGCUGGAAACACACAAGCUGGCCUCCCUCUGGAAAGACCGCGCUGUCGUGGAGAUCAAUGUCGCCGUGCUCCACAGUUUCCAGAAGCAGAACGUGACCAUCAUGGACCACCACUCGGCUGCAGAGUCCUUCAUGAAGUACAUGCAGAAUGAGUACCGGUCCAGAGGGGGCUGCCCGGCCGACUGGAUUUGGUUGGUCCCCCCGAUUUCAGGAAGCAUCACCCCCGUGUUCCACCAGGAGAUGUUAAAUUAUGUCUUGUCCCCUUUCUACUACUACCAGGUGGAGGCCUGGAAAACCCACGUCUGGCAGGAUGAGAAGCGGAGACCCCGAAGAAAAGAGAUCCGAUUCAAAGUCUUGGUCAAAGCCGUGCUCUUUGCCGCUGUGCUCAUGCACAAGACCAUGGCCUCCCGGGUCAGAGCUACCAUCCUCUUUGCAACGGAGACGGGAAGAUCCGAAACGCUGGCCCGGGACCUCGGCGCCUUGUUCAGCUGUGCCUUCAACCCCAAGGUUCUCUGCAUGGACGAGUACAGGCUGAGCCACCUGGAGGAGGAGCAGCUGCUGCUGGUGGUGACCAGCACGUUUGGGAACGGAGGCUCCCCAGGCAAUGGAGAGAAACUGAAGAAGUCCCUCUUCAUGCUGAAAGAACUCACCAACAAGUUCAGGUAUGCUGUGUUUGGCCUCGGCUCCAGCAUGUACCCCCAGUUCUGUGCCUUUGCUCAUGACGUCGACCAGAAGUUGUCCCACCUGGGGGCGUCUCAGCUCACCCCGACCGGGGAAGGGGACGAGCUCAGCGGGCAGGAGGAGGCCUUCCGAGGCUGGGCCGUGCAAACCUUCAAGGUGGCCUGUGAGACGUUCGAUGUCCGAGGCAAACACCACAUUCAGAUCCCCAAGCUCUAUACUUCCAAUGUGACCUGGGACCCGCAGCUCUACAGGCUCGUGCAGGACUCAGAGCCUCUGGACCUCAACAAAGCUCUCAGCAGCAUGCACGCCAAGUACGUGUUCUCCAUGAGGCUCAAAUCCCAGCAGAAUCUGCAGAGUCCGCAAUCCAGCCGCACCACCCUCCUGGUGGAACUCUGCUGUGAGGGCAGCCAAGGCCCAAGUUACCUGCCAGGAGAGCAUCUUGGAGUUUUCCCGGCCAACCAGCCAGCCCUGGUCCAAGGCAUCCUGGAGCGAGUGGUGGACGGCCCUGCCCCCCACCAACCCGUGCGCCUCGAGACCCUCAGUGAGAACGGCAGCUACUGGGUCAAGGACAAGCGGCUGCCCCCUUGCUCACUCAGCCAGGCGCUCACCUAUUUCCUGGACAUCACCACGCCCCCAACCCAGCUGCUGCUCCGAAAGCUGGCCCAGCUGGCCACAGACGAGGCCGAGAAGCAGAGGCUUGAGACUCUGUGCCAGCCCUCAGACUACAACAAGUGGAAGUUCACCAACAGCCCCACGUUCCUGGAGGUGCUGGAGGAGUUCCCGUCCCUGCGGGUGUCUGCCAGCUUCCUGCUCUCCCAGCUCCCUAUUCUGAAGCCCCGGUACUACUCCAUCAGCUCCUCCAGGGACCGCACGCCCACGGAGAUCCACCUCACCGUGGCCGUGCUCACGUACCGCACCCGAGAUGGCCAGGGCCCCCUGCACCACGGCGUCUGCAGCACAUGGCUCAGCAGCCUGAAGCCCCAGGACCUGGUGCCCUGCUUUGUGCGAAGUGCCAGCGGCUUCCAGCUCCCCGAGGACCCCUCCCGUCCCUGCAUCCUCAUCGGGCCUGGCACAGGCAUCGCCCCCUUCCGCAGUUUCUGGCAGCAGCGGCUCCAUGAGGCCGAGCACAAGGGGCUCCAGGGGGGCCGCAUGACCCUGGUGUUCGGGUGCCGCCGCCCAGAUGAAGACCACCUCUACCAGGAGGAGAUGUUGGAGAUGGCCCGGAAGGGGGUACUGCACGAGGUGCACACAGCCUAUUCUCGUCUGCCUGGCCAGCCCAAGGUCUAUGUUCAAGACCUCCUGCGGCAGCGGCUGGCGGGCGAGGUGCUCCGCGUGCUCCACGAGGAGCAAGGCCACCUCUAUGUCUGCGGGGACGUGCGCAUGGCCCGGGAUGUGGCCUGCACCCUGAAGCAGCUGGUGGCCACCGCCCUGACCCUGAAUGAGGAGCAGGUGGAGGACUAUUUCUUCCAGCUUAAGAGCCAGAAGCGCUAUCAUGAAGAUAUCUUUGGUGCUGUAUUUCCCUACGAGGUGAAGAAGGAGGGGGCAGUGGGGCCACCCAGCGAUCCCAGAGCUCCAGGCGCCCACGGGAAAAGUUAAAGCUGCCACCACGGAACCUAAUGAUGGCGCCAACUCUCGACAGUCUGAGUCACAGGGCUGGGGAGAUUGGCGGGCGAGUGUAUCCCCAGGCAGCAUGUCUUGUCUCCCCAUCUCCCUCCCUCUCCAACUCUUUACUUGACCUGCUACGAAGUAGCAGCCUGGACUGAGUGGAACCUCUUGUCACCCUUGAGCCCACUCUUCCCAAGGUGACAGGAGCUGGGCCUCCCUGGUCCCUUGGAGACUAAAUCCACAAUGCCAGGCCCUGCCAGUGGGUGAGAAGGAUGACUCUUCUUUGAUUGCACCACUUGAAAUGACCGGCAGGAGGCGCUGUCUCACCCCCUCUGUAUUUACCUGACCCUUGUACAGUUAUUUAUUCCUCUAUAUUUAAAAAAAGGAACAAACCCAGUAUGCCCUUGGGCCUUCUCUGUAUAAUUCCCUCACGGAGAUAUUUAUACAAAAUGCAUUUUAUUUUAAGCACAA